UUUUCGUCCAUCUCUAAAACAAAGCAAGACAGUCUGGUGGCAAAGCGAAUAUAACUUGUGAAAUUAAAAUAAUUUUAAUGAGAUUUGCAAUAAAAUGAGUCGAACGCCUCUCGAUACGUGGACAAAACGGGAGCACCUUUGCUUGGCAUCGGCUGUAUCAUGCAGUGGCGACCAGAACUGGAUCACAGUGAGCCGCACAUUGAAAUCUGUUUGCGGCAAUAAUGGCAACACACGACCGGCAGAUUGGUAUUCGCAAAAGAACUGUGCCGUCCAAUAUGGGCAUCUUUUGGAGACGGUGGAGACCACAAAACGCAAGAAACGCACCAAUGAAAGCAGCGGCUUCUCUUCACCAGCCACAGUCGCUGUUGAGACACCCACAGAAUUGUUGUUGCGCCGCCUGACCGAGGAGCGUUUGGCAGAGAUCAAAACACAGAUGCGACGCGAUCAGGAAUUGUACAGUAAAGUGCAGCGUGAAAUCGAAUCGUUGCAGUCGGACAUGCUGAGUGAACAGCAGUUGCAGCAAAUGUGGCAGGAAAUCGAGAAGGAGCAGGAGACCAAGCGUAUUGAUGAAAUGAAACUGGAGAAUCGCAUGCGAGAACGUGAGCAGCGCAAGAAAGAUGUGGGCAGCUGGCGCAACAACAGCAAUACGGCCGCAACGAGGCGUUCCAAUCUCACAGCUGACACCACAUCCGUAGACAUGGAUGUGGAGGACAUAACAGGCACAAGCACAGCACCUGCCAACAACACCAGCAGUAGCAGCAACACAAACAAACAUCAGGCAGCUCCCGCACCGCUGCUCACAUCGCUGCUUAAAUCGCCAGGAGGCAGUGGUAACAAUGCCUCCGCCGCAAAUAGCGUCACCUCGCCCACAACAACACAAGCCACAGUUGGCUUAGGAAGCAUAGCACGAGCAACAGCGCCAACGAUAACUUCGUUGUUGACGAGCGGCGCCAGCGCAAUGCCCAAUCAACCGGCGAUUGUGGCGAAAAAUCUGAGCGAUCCAGCAUUCAUGACACGUCCCAUUAGCGGACCGCCUGUAGCUGAGGUGGCCACAACUGGACGCAGUCCGUCGCAAGCAGCGCCAACGCUAUCCAUGCUACUCGAGAAGAACAAAUUGGCAGCUGCAGGCAAAGCAGCUGAAGCACCUAAAGCAGCGGAUGCAGAAGCCACCACAAAUCAAAAACCUGCGGCCGAAGUAGAAGCAUCUGCUGCAGAGCCAGCAGAGACGUUGGAUGAAUCCGAUGCCGAGGAACAACAGUUGUUGGAGGUGUUCAAGAAUAUGGACGACAUCAUGGAUGACAUAGACAUUGACAUGGCCAGCGUCAUUGAUGAGGACUUGUUGAAAGAUGUGAACAAUGUUGAUUCGCCACCGGCAACAACUGCAAGCAAACCCGAAGUAGUUGACUUUGAGGACAAGCUGGAUGCAUUGAAGCGGGAGCAAGGCGAUAGUCGCAAGUCGAGCAAAUCACCAACGGUGUCGAAAGUCACAGAGGUUGUCCUGGGUUCCAGCGAUGACUCCAAUGACAACAUACCGCUGGCUGCAGUUGCCUCCCAAGAGAGCAAAGAUCGCAGUCAGUCUGCAACGGAAGGAAACACAAGCACAGCAGCAACUCCCAUCACACAUGAGGUCACAGUCGAUGAGCUAAGUGAAACGAUAACCAUUGCCAGUAGUUCGAGUGAGGAUAAUGCACAGGAAAUUCCAGUAGAAGAGGCUGGGGACAAGCUAGAAACAAUUGAAACGGCAGCUAAAGCAACUAGCUUAAGUCCCACGCCGGAAGCAGCAGAAAAGCAGCCCGAGGAGAGUGUUCAGCAGCCAGCUGCCGAUGUGGAAACUGAGAAAACAUCAACAACAAAGGUGGAAGCUGCCAAAGAAGAUGCAACCAAGACAGAAACAGCUAAAGCAGCAACGACAGAUAAAACAGCAGAGUCCACUAUGGACACCAAGACAUCAAAUGCGCCGGCAGCUGCCAGCUCAGUGCAUGAUACAGAUGAGGAAUCCUCCUCGCUGACAGACAGCAGCAAAGCAACAGAUGAACCCGCACGUAGCUCAAAGUCUAAAUCGCAAGCCGAGCACAAACAUGAGACCGAUUCAUCUACUGCCCAGCCGCGACAAUCUCAACCAAGCAGUAUAACGCCAGCACCCGCUGCGGUGCCAGCUCGUCCUCCAUUAUUACGCAAGCUAAAUCAUCACGAUCGCUCGGCGAGUCCCAUGGUCGACGAUGACACAACAACGGCCAGCGAUCAUUCCACAGCGCGAUCCAGUUCACGACGUCGCUGCUCAUCCACGCCGGUCAUCGACAGCAUCCCCAACUCGCCGGCAUCCAGUGAGCACACCGAUGAUCGUCGCGAAACGCGCGGCGCCUCCAAGAAGCUCUUCCUGAGCAUCUACAGCUCGCUGCUGGAGAGCAAACAUGCUGCGCCAUUUCGUCGGCCCUUUCACGAUGAGCAUCCACUGAAGCAGGCCGAUCUGUGUCUGCGUCCCAUGGACUUGCCCACGAUUAAGCGAAACAUUGACUCUGGGCACUUGCGCAACAUCAGCGAGCUGCAUCGGGAUGUGCUACUCAUGUGCCACAAUAUGUUGCUGAUGUACAAACCCAGCUCGGCACAGCACAAGACAGCGCGUCUCUUUUUGCAGGAGUGUCAGGCACUCAAGGAGUUUGCAACGAGCUCGCAUCACGCUCACCAAUCGGAUGGCAGCUCGACGAGCACUGGAAGUGGCAAGCACGAGAAGGAGAAGGAAAAGGAGAAAGAAAAGACACCGGCUGGCAAUAAAGCACGCAGCGGCUCACGGAAGAGUCAACGACACCAUUAAUCUCCAUUUUAACCGCGCUGUUGUGCUCUUAUUGCGGUUUAAAUCAAAUCACAAUCUUUUUUACGUAAUAAACUUUACAGCAAA